AUGCUGAAGCAGAUACACUUGAACAUCCCUUUGGUGGACAUGAUCCGUGAGGUCCCAAAAUAUGUAAAAUAUAUUAAGGAUAUAGUGGCAAAUAAGAGGAGGUUAACUGAAUUUGAGACCGGCGCACUUACUGAGGAGUGCACUUCCAGGAUUCAAAAUAAGCUUCCAGAAAAGCUUAAGGAUCCGGGUAGUUUUACCAUCCCCGUGAGGAUUGGUGAAAUUGAUGUGGGUAGAGCCUUGUGUAAUUUGGGUGCAAGUAUCAAUCUGAUGCCAUUGUCAGUGUUCAAACAAUUGGGAUUAGGAGCUCCGAAACCCACCACGGUAUUGCUACAGUUAGCUGACAGAUCUUAUAUCUAUCCUGAGGGGGUAAUUGAGGACGUCUUGCUGCAGAUUGGAAAGUUUAUUUUCCCUGCAGAUUUUAUCAUCCUGGAAUACGAGGCUGAUGAGUUAGUUCCUAUCAUCUUGGGACGGUCUCUUUUGGCCACUGGAGAUGCCAUUAUCAAAGUUCGAGAAGGUAAGAUGAUUCUGAGGGUGGACAAUGAAGAAGCGGUCUUCAAUGUAUAUCGAGCCAUUCAGUUGCCUCGUCAUUACGAGGACCUGUCCAUGAUUUCUGUGGUGAAGAUUAAUGAACCAGUUGUUGAGCCAAGUGCAUUUAAAGAGGAUGCACUAGAAAAGGCAUUGAUGUUGUUCAAUCACUUGGAACUGGAAGAAGAGGUUGCGGAGAUGUUGCAAAUUUUGGAUGCAUCUUGUGAAUACAUAAGAGAAAGAUCCCA